UUUUUAUUAUUAUUAUUAUUUUUUUUUUUUUUUUUCUUAUAAUUCAAGAGUUCCAUGCGUUUUAAUGUUUUACAGUUAAGUAAGUCUAAUGCAAAUGUAAGAAGAAAAUUUUAUCAAUACUUUCUUCAGAACAUUAGAAUUAUAGAUUAGAAUGUUUACAUUUUUAAUCGUAUUAAAGUUUGACUCUAUAUUAUAAUAUAUUGCAAUUUUGCAAUAUAUGGCAGAUAUAUAUAAAAAGAUCUAAAUGGAUGAAAGGAGAAAACCUUUUUUUUUCUAAUAAGAAAUAUUAGAGAGAAAGAGAAAGAGAGAGAGAAAGGAAAUAUUUUAUUUCGUCAAAAUAUUUUAUUAAUUAUUAUAUUAACAUUGUUAUUAACGAAAUGUUUACUUUGGCUGUUUCUGAAUAUAAUACACAGAUACACACACACACACACACACAAACAAACACAAACAAGACAUGCAUAUGCGUCCUCGCGCAUCUCUCAGAUCAUUUUACUAUAGUUAUUAUUCUCUACUAAAUAGAAUAAAAAAAAAAAAAAAAAAUAAAAAAAGAAAAAAAAAUAAGACAUACGAACAACAAAGAAAAUAAGAUAGUAGACUCUUAUAUACUUGUGAUAGAAACUGAGAGUAACUUAAAAAAAAAAAAAAAAAAAAAAAAAGAGAUAUAUAUAUAUAUCUUUUAUAAAAAAUAUAUAUAUAUAUAUGUAAUAAAAAAAUAACUCACGAUACUUUACGAGCAUGUUCUUAUUAGUAAUAUAAAGUUUGUAACACAUACAUACAUACUUACAUAUAUAUAUACAUACAUACAUACAUACAUUCAUACAUACAUACAUACAUACAUACAUACAUCUCUACAUACAUACAUACAUGCACACAGAUACCGAGGGAAAAUCGUCAGUAGAAAAUUACACUAUGUAUUAUUGUAGUAUUUGGCACACGUUAUUGUAUUCACACCACUGAUAUUACCUAUAUUGAGAGAGAUUAUUGAAAAACGAUCAUUAAUUGUUAUGAAGUGAGAUAGAGAGAGAGAAAAAUUGUAAAUAAUUUAAUUAUCGUACAGUAUUAAGAAGUAAUAAUUAGAAAUAUAGGCUCUUAGUAGCUGGUUUACGCCUUAAAAAAUAGAAAAUGAGAACAAAAUAAAACAUAUUUUAAUUGCUUCCCGUUGUUAAAUCCUUAUUUACUAAAUGUCUCAUCUUCUCUUUUUUUUUUUUUUUUUUUUUUUUUCCAAACAUUUUCUCAGAUAUAUAACAUAAUCGUUUGUUGUUAAGCAGAAAACAAAAUCAAUCUAUGACCUUUUAUAAUUUAAUAAGGAAUAGUAGAAGUAAACAUUAUUUCCCUCUACUUUUGGAGAUAUGUUUAAGUGAGAGAAAAAAAAAAAAGAAGAAAAAUAAGGUUUUUCAUACAAAAUGUAUUCUUUAAUUAUUCUUUGGGUCUGAUUAUGUAUGAAAUUUCAAUCGUUAAAUCAUAAAAAUAUGGCUUCGCCACGAAUAAUUUCAAAAUUUCAAAGUUUAUCACCAGUACCAAAUUUAAGGAAUUCAUUAACACCUAGAAGUUUUAUAAAAAAUAAUAAUUAUGUUAAAUCACCGGAAAAUAAAAAUAGAUUAUCACCUUUCAAUGUUAAUACACCUGACAGAAAAGAAAUUCUUCUAAAUGGUUUACCUAAUAAACAACGAAUUGUAUUAGGUACUGGAGGAUUUGGUACAGUCUAUAAGGCAUUAUAUAAAGGAAAUCAAGUAGCGGCAAAAAUAUUGAAGAAAUCAAAGGAUAACUAUAAUAGUAUCAAUUCGGAGAAGCAUGCUUAUUUAUUGAGGCAUACCAAUAUUGUUAAUAUUUUAACCAUAGAAGAAGGUGCUGCUUUAUCAUUGAUAACAAUGGAAUUAUGUGGUAUUACGUUGCAAGAUCAAUUGGAAAAAAAAGCUUUAGACAGAAGAGAACGUAUUCGUAUUUGGAGGGAUAUAGCUUGUGCUCUUCAAUUCUGUCAUAAUGCGGGUGUGGUUCAUGCGGAUGUGAAGCCAAAAAAUAUUUUAAUUGGAAAUUGUGGUCAGCCUAAACUUACAGACUUUGGGAGUUCUGUCUUAAUAAAUAAAGUACAUGCCGAACAGGCAUCUAAUAUAAUGACAAGUACACCAGGUUAUGCAGCACCAGAAGUUUUAUGCGGAAUAAUUCCCAGUCCUGCUGCAGAUAUUUAUUCCUUAGGCAUUUUAGCCUGGCAAAUCCUUUCUAGGAAAAUACCCUUUGAAGGAUUCCACGUGCAUACUAUUAUCUAUUUAUCUGUAAAAGGAAAGAGACCUUAUGAUGAAGAUCUCAACGAUGAAUUUCAAGGACGAUACAAGUCAUUAUAUAGAGAAAUGUGGUCUCAAAAAAUUACAGCUCGACCAAUAACAAGUAAAGUGAUCUAUACGCUGGAUAUCCUAAUGAAUAAAUAGGUUUUAUUUAAAUCAAAUAAUGUUCUAUACUUGUUAGUAUACGCGUCGCUUAUUAUUAUACAUUAUUAAAUAAAUUUCGUGUUUACAUAUAAUAUAUAUAUAUAUCAAAUAUGUGAAAAGAGAAACGUUAUUUUAUGUAUCUGGCAUCUCUCCACCAGGCACAAGCUGUAAAAAGAAAAUCAAUUGUUAAAUUGUACGAUUAUAUCAAUACAUAAAUAAUUAUUUUUUAUUAUAUACGAACCAUGGUGAUAUUGCUACCGUUUAAAAGAAUUUGAUCUAAUUUUGUAACUCGUCGACCUUCAGGAGUUGCUUCGCUCUCCGUCACAUCCUCCAAUAACAUAUUUACAAAAUCAUCGAAUCCUAACAAAGUACCAACGAUCUCUUUAUCGUUUUUCAUUAUAAUAUGUAUUCGCGAUCCAAUACAUUUAUCGACCAAUUCUGUGAAUUUCGUAUGAAUUAUUUUUAAAAAGGAUAAAUAACAAAGUCAAUGGAUGUACAUACGUAAUAUAUAUAUAUAUAUAUAUAUAAAUAUAUAUGUGUGUAUAUAACCACAAAAAUAUUACAUACAAAUUAUUAUGUCACUUACCUAAAGGUAAUAAGGUAGAAGGAUUUGUACUAACCGAACUAGUCAUUAUUUAUAAUAAUUUAAUCGAUAGAGAGAGAGAAAGAGAAAUCACAAUUUAAAAAUAAUAUUUAUAUCUCGAAAUAUAUUUACGUACUGCUAUACCGCGCUUUUAGCGUACAACAAUCCAGUGUUACCAAAUUCGUCCGAAGAAACUCAAUGUCCUAUCGUAAAAUUUGUUUCUUAAGAAACUACAUUAUCGACGUUAUCUCAUUUGCGCCAUCUCUCGUGUAAAUGACGAAUAUCAUUUUUAGAAAAAUCCCGUGAAGAAGAUCGAAAGAAUUGAAACAAUUUCAUAUGUAAAAAUAUUUUAAAUCCAAUCUCAAAAUUAGAUACGAAAAUAUAUUUUUGCGUCAUUGUAGAUCUUCAUUCUUUAACAAGAAAAUAUUUAUUUGAGAUUUUAUCAAAGUUAAUAAAAACAUUACGCUCAAUCGAACGACCAAUGAUAAUCGAAUGAUAAUCGAAUAUUCCGCGUGCUCUUAGAUGGCGCCACUGGAGUUAAAGAAACAAAGGCGGUCUUUUGGUCAAUGACAGAAAAUCACACGCUACAGUAGGAUUAAGACCGUCGUCGUACUUGGUGUGCGCGUUUAUCACGAAACUAAGUGAAUAUUGAAAUUAUCUUAAUAUUACAAUAUCAUAAGAGACAAUAUUUUUAAGGUGGUAAAAACGUGCUCGUUUAAGUUUAUGUUAAAUCGAAAAUUAAAUCUUUAUCGUUCGAUCGGUAGUCGGUGAUGCGCUGCAGCGGCGGCAACGACGACGACGACGACGAGGACGACACGUUUGAGUGAUAACGACCUUCGACUUUCCCCUUAAAAUUUCGAAAUACGAUCAUCUCGUUAUCUUAAUAUUACGUAUGCGGUCUCACAAAGAUUAAUCAACGUAUUCGAAAUAUUUCUAAAUUGCGUUCAUCGUCAUACCUAACCUAACGCAUCGAGGAUAACGCGUAUUCGAAUACGAUUAAACAAAAAAACAAAAAAAAACACUCUAAUGAGAAUUAACGACGAGUAAAUUGUUAAAAAAAAGAAAAAGGAAUAAUAAAUAAAUAAAUAAACAAAAGAAAAGAUAUAAAUUACGAUCAAAAUAUCUAUUGAUUUCUCUAUCGUUUUAAUAAAAACAUAACGAGAGAUUCUCAGGUCUCGACUACGCGUCACCAUAUUAAAAGGCUCUUGAUAUAAUUUCGAAUCAAUUUCGAAAUCAAAUAAGAUGUCUCGACGAAAAAAUCAAUCAGAAAGAAACAUGAAAUCGUUCAUAAAUAUGUUUUAUAAAUAAAUUAUAUACAUAUAUAUAUAUAUAUAUAUACACAUACAUAUAUAUAUAUAUAUUUAUAUAUACGCAUACACACUUUUUCCAUAUCAUUUUGAUUUUUUCGCAAAGUUGCGAAAGAACCAGAGUUUGCUUCGUAUCAUUCGUUGUGGAGGCAGAUUAAUUCACCCGAUCGUUACAAUUUCUUAUCUACAAAGAAAAUAAUUUUAAUCACGGAAAAAAAAAAAAGGAAAAAAAAAACAAACAGGCAAAAACAAAAACAAAAACGUACAAACUCUCAAA